CCCCCCUCCCCCUCCCCGCCCUGACGCACGGACGCGCACGGGUUUGAGGGUCACGUGGUCUCCGUGCGGGUGCGUACGCGGCGCAACUGGAAGUGAAGAUGGCGGACGAAGAAGAGGCCGAGCGGGAGCCCCACGGACCGCGCCGCCCUCCAGACACCCUGCGAGCGCUCAACGACCGCCUGGAGGAGCUGUCCGCCGCGCUGAGCUCCAGCCCGGGACCCGCGGAGCAGGAGGAGGCCACUGCGCGCUACUGCCGUGCUUUCUGUCAGACCCUGGUGGAGUGUCUGAGUGUGUGGAGAUCAGAUGAAGAUCCGUGGUCGAUGUUGGAGUGUUAUCGUGUGGCGUUGUUGAGUUUUGCUCGUGUGUCGGAGCAUCUCUCCAUCCAGAGCGAGAACGUCGGAGUGGUGCUGGAGAGACUCUCGAUGAGUUGUGUGGAGCUGCUGCUGUUUAUAACUGAGGCUUUUCCAGAUGCAUUAUGGGAGCAGUUUCAGUUCUCCAUACAGACGGCUCACACUCUUCUGCAAGACAACGGCAUCACGCAGCUGCACCUGCUUUCCACAGCCACUCAGGAACGAGGGAUGUGGAGCAACAUCACACUACAGAACCUUCUCAGAAAGAGACGCCUCCCGAGGAGAAAGACCCUGGUGGAGUGUCUGAGUGUGGAGAUCAGAUGA